UCUCUUGACUAACCCGCAGUCACACACAACAAGGGGGGAGUUCCUGCGAAUCGCACUCGACUCUGUUCUCAUUCGGAGAGUAAACGCUGGAUGGGUCUCUCUCUCAUGAGUCACCCGCUUGGACCUGCAGCUUAUUUCCAGAAAUAGAUUCCUGAUAUGAGCUUCAGCACCGUCUGUAAACUCGUUUUACUUGCACACAAUCGACAAGUUUAGUCUCCGUCGUUUUCGUGACAAGUAGCAGAAGUCGUGACAGGCAGUUGAGUUUAGUUAAAUAUCCGCUGGAGGUUUUCCUUUCCCUCAUUCGGAGAUGCCUGAGGACGUUGGGACAGCCAAGCCUGGUGGCGUUAUUGCCUACAUUUCCUCUGGCUCUGCCUCCAGCCCAGAGUCCUGUAUGAGCAGCAGCCCCAGCAGCGGCUACCUGGCAACAUCACCCACUCUGUCUCGCCCCUCACUGCCCAGCAGGGCCGUGGGCAUGGUGGUGGAUAUCGCUCCACCAGCCAAGAACGGGCACCAGCGUGGUCACGGCAUGGAGAAGGCCGGGCGCUCCUCCACAUCGGCCAAGAGCAGCAUCACCAAAAUCAACGGCAUGGUGCUGUUGUGCAAGGUGUGCGGCGAUGUGGCCUCGGGCUUCCACUAUGGCGUGCAUGCUUGUGAGGGCUGCAAGGGCUUCUUCAGGAGAAGCAUUCAGCAGAAUAUCCAGUACAAGAAGUGUCUUAAGAUGGAGAACUGCACCAUCAUGAGGAUCAACAGGAACCGCUGCCAGCAGUGUCGGUUCAAGAAGUGUCUGGCAGUGGGCAUGUCCAGAGACGCUGUCCGGUUUGGCCGCAUCCCAAAGAGGGAAAAGCAGAGGAUGCUGCUGGAGAUGCAGAACGCAAUGAACAACAUGAUGAGCAACAACAGCCAGCUGCACAGCAUGCUGCACGGCCACCAGAGCCCCACGCUGCCCAUGGAGACCAUGACCAGCGAUGCCAGCUCCUCGUCCUCCUCGUCCUCCUCCUCUGCUUCUGAUUCCCUGUCGUGCUCCAACCCCUCGUCGCCGCAGUGCCCCCAGGACUCAGAGUCUGUGGUUUCCAUGGACACCAACUCCAGCUCUGCCUCCUCCUGCGCAUCAGACAGCGGCGAGGACGAGGCAGUUGUCGCGACGAGCCGGCAGCACCAAGAUGCCUUAGCGUUCAGCCAACAGAGGUCAGCGAGACGAGGCCAGGUCUCGCCCUCGCCGGUCACAGUUGCCCUGGAGACGGGGUGCGACAGCCGCAUGGAGGAGCAACAAGAGGGCUGGAACUGCUGGAACAACAAUGCAGUUGUGGGAGGGUACCAGCACAGUCCUAACAGUAACAGCCACCACAUCACCAACACUGCUUACAGAGAGGAGAGGGGAGUUUACCAGCAUCAGCCUCAGCAGCAGCUCAACAGCGCCCCUAGCUGUGAACCGUCAGAAGACAGCCAAAGACAGCAUGAAUUUUACACACAAACUGCCUCAAAUGGUUAUAACGGACCAACCAGCCAUGUGAAUAGUAGAGCACACUUGGUCUGUCCGAUGAACACCUCGCCCUACGUUGACCCCUACAAACCAAGCCAGGAGAUCUGGGAGGAGUUCUCCUUGAGCUUCACCCCCGCGGUGCGCGAGGUGGUCGAGUUCGCCAAGAGGAUCCCAGGCUUCCGUGACCUCCCCGAGCACGACCAAGUCAGCCUCCUGAAAGCUGGAACUUUCGAGGUGCUGAUGGUCCGAUUUGCUUCUCUGUUCAACGUGGUCGAGCGGACGGUCACCUUCCUGAGUGGCAAGCGCUACAGUCUCGACACGCUACGCUCGCUGGGCGCCGGCGAGCUGCUCAACUCCAUGUGCGAGUUCAGCGAGAAGCUGGCAGCGCUGCGGCUCGACGCAGACGAAAUGAGUCUCUUCACCGCCGUGGUGCUCGUAUCAGCCGAUCGCUCAGGGAUCCAGGACCUGAACUCAGUGGAGGCCCUGCAGGACAAACUGAUCCGGGCUCUGCGAAACCUGAUUAUGCAGAACCACGGCGACGAGGCAGCCACCACUUUCACCAAACUGCUGCUCAAACUUCCCGAGCUGCGUUCACUCAACAACAUGCACUCAGAGGAACUGCUCUCUUUCAAAGUGCACCCUUGAAAAGCUUCCUAACGGGGCACAUCCACGCCCUUCACCUCCUCCACACACCUCCACCUCCACCAGGACCUGCCUCUUAGUGCACCCCUCGCCCUCUGUAUCCGACCAGCCCCAGUUGUGUGUUUGUUUCUAGAAUGUAUUAAAAGUUAUUUUUUAUUCUGUUUUUGUAAGGUAGACCAUGUGGGGGUCUAAAGAGAGAGGAAUAUAAAAUGUACUGUAUUUAAAGAGAGAGCUUACGCUUGUUGCACACAAACACAAGUGCAUAUGUGUCUCAGUUUUGCAAAAUUGGAGGCACUUUUCUAUUUACAAGAGAGAAGAGUACUUAACUGGCUUUAUGAAAUGAUAGAAUAGAAACUAAUUAGUAUGAUUUUUUUUUUAUUUUGAGCAUUUAUGUUUUCUCCAAAAGCCAUUUAAUUCCAAAGUGUAUUCUCUGAUGAGUGGGUGAAUGUGAGAAACAAUAUAUAUACCGCGUGUUUGUGUGGUCCAGUAUUUUGACUGAUACAUGUUGGCAAGAAAAGGCAAGCUAUCAGGAAAUGUAUCAAAGAAUGUGUGAUGAUUGCUGCUAAUGCAUGGCUGUACUUAAUGCAAACAACUAUUACUUGGAUCUUCUCCCCUCGCCUCAGAAAGCAUCAGUUCAUUGUUUCAUUGUGUUUAGUGAUGUAUGUUUUCUUUUCUUUUUAUUUAAGUCCUUGUCAAUUGCCUGUACACUGCCUGGUGAUUUCUGGGGGAGUCGAUGACGCCACUGUCAGUUUCAGCGACACUACAUUUGCACAAGUUUUGGAGCAGAAACCCAAGUAAUGCAAAAUCCACAGCGCAGCAUCAUGCAAAGCUAUGUGUAAAUUUAAUCACACCCAAGUGUUUCUGCUGUUUUCUCCUGAUUUCCGGUUUUUAUGACACUUUUGGGGAGAUUUUUUUUUUUUUUUUUAAAUCAGACUUUGUGUGCUUUCAGUAUGGCACUGAAUUUGACUCUUGUUUUUGUCAUCCAUUUUGUUGAAAUAUCUGUUUCUUCUACUGGCAACACUGCCAUCUGUAAAUAUCUAUAUAUAAAUAUAUAUAUAUAUAUAUAUAAAUAUAUAUAUAAAUAUCUGAUGAACAUAGAAUAUAAAUAUGAUAUAGUAUGAAUAAAUACAAGAGAAGAGAA